CUUAAACGUAAUUAAAUUAGUCUAUGGGAAUAUUGAGGAAAUUACUUGAAAAUCUAACAUUUUAACAAAAUAAAUAUUAAAUAUACACCUAAUAAAUAAAUACGUAGAACCAAUGAAAAUAUUUCAAAAGAAAUGCUUGUACAUAACAUAUUAAUAAUUUUUAACCCUCAAAUGACUGAUUGGUUGAGGUAAAAUAGUUUUCCACAACUUCAACCAAUCAGCCAGCACACUUAAGAUAUAGAGACGUCAAAACAUGUGCGCGAAGAUUCGCCUUUAGCGUAUGCAAGGCCUUCAUCUAUCAUGUCAUAUGCCAAGCCAAAGCCAAAUGGUGGACAAAUGUUUGGUUAUAUAGUUUGGUCGUUUGGUAGUGCCGCGUUUUUUAUUUUCGGUCUGAUUAAAGGAAUUAACGAGAAAUUAAAGAUUAAAUUAAAAUUCUUUAUUCUGAAGAGCGAUUUAAACGACAUAGAACAUAGUUUUGAUGCGUUUAACUCAAGUUUAUAGUAAUGGCAUACAUGCUUGUACAGCUGGACGAAACUGGCGGGAACACUUUGGCCGUCGUUCACCAAAAUUGGCUUACGCCUUUAAAAAAGGAAGUUUUCUGGCCGCCAUACAAAACAUCUAAGCAAUAUAAAAAGUCGUUGCUGGAAGGCGAGGUAGUUAACGAAAACUCUUGGAUGCUGUAUGGCAUACAAAGAGUUUUUUUAACAACAGACGAGUUAUCCAAGGCAUUUGAAAAGGAAAGAGAAGCCGAGCUAACUAGCGACUUGGCUUCUGCUUCAGAGUGUGAAGCAAUAAAUGAGUCACCACUACGGCCUAAACGAAAUAGAAGACCCAGAAAAUUAGACAGUGACAGUGAGGAUGAGUCUCAGUUUGUCAGGCCCCAGAAAAUUCAAUUAAAGAAACUAUCAGGAGCUGUUGAAAUCAGAGAUAUUAGUGGAGUGGCAGGACACAAACCUUUAGAAGCUACGGAAAACAAGUCCAGGACGUUGGUUCAAGACCAAUUGUGGAAUCUAAAUCCAUCGACUUCAACACCUACGUCAGAUGUUCAGGAUGACCAGAUUGGUUUUAGGACUGUUCUAUCAACAUUAGCAUACAUAAAGGAACAAAACAGAACAAUUUUAAACAAAUUGAAUGAAUUAUCUCAGCCAAGGCAUGCAGAAAAGUGUGUUGAUAUACACACGAAAUUAUCUGUAAAGUUACCACUAGAUAGCACACGUGAUUUAAUAACAUUUGAGGAAUAUUUAGAAGUGGAAAGGAAUUUUGAUGAUGUUAUUGGUUAUUUCUCUAUGCUUGGUGGGAAAGAUGUGAAACAAAAAACAAAUAAGAUUCUAAAAGAAUUAUUAACGGACGAAUUAGCAUCCUGCUACAGUUAUUUCGGAAAGCGUGAUAAACAACCAUUAGUCAAAACAAAAUUAAAGGAUUUAUUAUUCAAAUCAAUUCAGAUAAAGAACAAUAAUAUCACAUGUCAGGAAAUUGAAACACAUGUGAAAGAGUGGCUUAAGCAAGCACCACAACGCAAGAAAAGAAAAAAAUCCAUUUAAGUUAGUUAAGGUGAAUGUUGAG